AUGGGCGUUUGGCGUGAGUUAUUACGUUCUCUGGUGAUUACUUUUCGUAUGGAAUCGGGAGCGAACAAUAGUGAUGACGAUUGUCCAGUAUUGAUCAGUGAAAAGGAAUCAACCAAUCUGAUUGAGUGUGAAGAAAACUCGGCUUCUGUAAGCCCGUGUCAACUGUCAUCAUCGUCUGGAAAUGAUCGAGGGCAAGGAAAAAAUCCUCUCCAAAAGUUCUCACUUCUAAUUGGUAGCAGGAAGCUGACGUUUAGAUUUACCAAUAUGGCAGAUAUAAUAACGAGUGAUGGUUUAUUUAAUGAGGAAAAUGAAAUUGAAGCUGAAGAUUGUUCCAGUAAUACUCUGAUUCGGAAUGACCUUGAAAUUGAUGAUGAUAAAAAGCCGAUGUACAAUUGUGAAAAGUGUGGUCGGUCGUAUACGGAUAGGACAACAUUAAUAAUUCAUAAGAAGACCCAUUCUGUUGGAAAGCCUUACCAGUGUCCUAUAUGCACAAAACGUUUUGUACGUCAAGUUAACUAUAAUGUUCACAUGAAACUUCAUGCAAGUGGUCGUCGUUAUUUUUGCUCUCUUUGUGGAAAAUGGUUUAGAACGCAGUCUUUAAUGUCUGAACAUGAGGUAAAAUAUGUGAAUAAGUCGGUUUAGUG